UCCCUUUGAGUAGGAAGGGAAGCGUAGGGAGGAGGCAAACUCUGGGAGAUGAUGCUGUGCCAUGGCCACCGUCACCAACCCACCGUCCUUGUCCCCUCGCUUCUCCCCCCAAACCCUAACACUGUCCUCCCGGUUUGCGGUACUCUCUUCUCCCGCAAGCCCCUUCUCUUUUCCUCCCUCCGCGCCGCCCUCGACUCCAAGCACCACCUCCAACCCCUGGGACCGGACGCCGAAACGGACCCCCCAAGCCUCUCCCGCCGGCAGAACGCCCUCAUCCUUGACCGUUCCCAUUCUCACCCCAUCGACGGACCUCCCAUCGACGACGAGGAGCGGGAAGAUGAGCUCACGAGGAAGAAGGUCGUCGAGGAGUACUCCCUCGCCACCCGGAGGGUCCCUAGGUUUCCAGGCUCCGUUGACUUCCCCCGGGCAGGGGCCCUCGACCUGCCGCCGCCUGAUCUCCGGCGCGUGUUCGAUGGGGAUGAUCGGUCCCUCAAACGCGCCCUUGAGGUUCGGCGAGGGGUUGCCGCCGAGACGCUGAAGGAUGCCCUGCGAGCCGGGAAGAUGAGCAUCAACUACUCCACGAAUCUUGUCUCUCGAUUGACGGAAUUUGUGGACCGGGUCGUGAUCGGAGCCGCGACGUUGAAGGCGGUUCCGGAGUUUGCGCACAUGUCUUUCAAUGCUCGGGCGAAGAGCUACAUCCAGCGCUCUUGUGUCGUUUCUCUGGUCAAGUGGCUGAAGCACAACCAUCUGACAUACCCCCAAAUUGCAAAGGUAAUCUGUAUGUGUCCUGGUGAUCUCCAGCUGGUGAGGCGGAUAACCGAAUGGUUGAAGUCGAUUCAUGUGAAGGGGGAGUCUAUUGGGGUUGUUCUGGUGAAGGCAGGUCCCCUUUUUGAGCACAGUUUGGAUGAACUGGAAGAGAUUGUUAAUUAUCUAGAGAAUAAUGGGGUGAGGAAGGAUUGGAUGGGCUUUGUUGUUAGCCGUUGCCCCCAAGUUUUGGGUUUGACCAUGGAGGAGUUGGAGUCGAGAGUUAAAUUUUAUUUGGAUAUGGGGAUGAACAAGAAGGACUUUGGCACAAUGGUCUUCGAUUAUCCAAGGGCCCUCGGAUUUUUCAGUUUGGAAGAGAUGGCUAAUAAGGUUCAGUACCUUAAGGAGUUUGGACUAAGCACAGAAGAUGUUGGACGAUUAUUAGCUUUCAAACCACAAUUAAUGGGUUGCAGCAUCGAGGAAAGGUGGAGACCUCUGGUGAAAUAUUUAUAUUACCUUGGUGUUCAACGUGAUGGGAUGAAGAGAAUACUAAUUGUAAAACCUAUGGUUUUCUGCAUUGAUCUGGAGACAACUAUUGCUCCCAAGGUGCGAUUCCUACAGGAUAUAGGAGUCAGAACUGAAGCCAUUGGUGGCGUCCUUGUCAAGUUUCCUUCCUUCCUAACAUAUAGCCUGUACAAGAAGAUACGGCCAGUGGUCGUAUUCUUAAUGACAAAAGCUGGAGUAACUCAAAGGGACAUUGGAAAGGUUAUUGCCUUGGACCCACAACUAGUUGGCUGCAGUAUCACAAAGAAGCUAGAUAUCAGUGUUAAGUACUUCCUGUCAUUGGGAAUACAUCUCCAAUCAUUGGGAGAGAUGAUUGCCGACUUUCCUAUGUUGCUUCGAUACAAUAUUGAUAUUCUUCGGCCAAAGUACAGGUACCUUAGACGAGUUAUGGUCCGGCCACUGCAGGAUCUUAUUGAAUUUCCCAGGUUUUUUAGUUAUUCAUUGGACGAGAGAAUAAUUCCACGGCACAAGAUUUUGGUUGCAAACAGAGUAAACUUCAAGCUGCGGUACAUGUUGUCGGGCUCCGAUGAGGAGUUUAAUCAGAGAGUGCAGUUUGCUAUCGAGAAAAGAAAAAGGUUUGAAUCAGGCUAUGCAAAUUUAGAUGCUUCUGAUGAUGAAUCGACCCAUGUGGUUCCAGUUGCUUCAAGCUGAUAAGCAGGGGAAGCUUUCGGAUGUCUACUGGUCCUUGUUGACUGUUUCGAGACCAAGUUUGGUGGGUGGAGGUGGAAUUCCUCGAAAGAAAGAGCCAUUGCACUGCAAUCAAAUUGAAGUUGACUGAGUGACAUGUUAAAUAGUAAAAUGAAAUGUUAACUGAUUGAUAUAUAUAUUGAUAGUUGUUGUUGUCUAACAUCCACUGUGUAGAUGAACAAUAAGAAGUCAUAAUAUUCCAACUAUUUGUAUA